UUUUUUUUUACUUUCUAAUCAUCCCAUCUUUUAGGUGUCAGUAGUGCUAUUGAAUUUUUAAAAUCUAUUUGAAUUUAUACUUUCGUAUAUCACCGUCAGAUAUUAGCGCCAUCGAAAUUUUUUCUGUAUUGUUUUUUCUAUUCCUAAUUCGUGAUUAGUUUAGGUUAGUUUCGAUAACGAGAUUUAUUCUCUUGAGUUAAUACAAGUUAAUAUAUCAAUAAGAUAAGAAAGAACUGGUUAUUAUUUUUUUGGUUGUACUCUCAUUUAAAUAAUUUAUUCAAAGAUUAUCAUGGAUCAGACUAAGAAACGACAAGUACCUUCGUCAUUGAAAAAAAUAUUAGCAUUUGAUAUUUAUUUAAGCUAUGCUUUUGUAACUACAUUUGAAAAAUAUGUAACAUUUAAACAACUCAAAACACAUUAUAAAGCAUUAGAGAUAUCGUGUCAUGGAAUUACUUGGAUGGCAUUAACAUUAGCUUCGAUAUGGAUUUUUAACAGUACAUCUCUUUAUCAAAUGCAAGUUAACCUUUUCAUAGGCUUCAUUAUUGAUAUAUUCAUAACUGCAAUAUUGAAAGCAUUAACAAGAAGAAGACGACCUGCAGUUAAUGAUGAUCUUUUUUCAAUUGGUCCUGAUAAAUACUCAUUUCCAUCAGGACAUGCAUCCCGAUCUACUUUCAUUGUUUAUUUCUUUUUAUAUAUAUGGGAAGUGCCUUCUAUUUUUACACUAUCCCUAAUAUCUUGGUGUGUUUGUGUAUGUUUAUCUAGACUUUUAAUGAGACGACAUAAUAUUCUUGACAUUUGUGCUGGUAUAGGUUUAGGUAUUAUUGAAGCAAAGUUCAUUAAUUAUUUAUACCUAAGUCAGGAAACAUGUAUAAAUUUAAUUUCCUGGAUUACAAGUGAGAGAGUUGAUGACCUUUAAA